AUCAGAAAAUACAAGAACUUCUUACAUUUGUCACCGUAGAUCCAGAUUUUUAACGAUGAGUUUCGUCAACAAAGUCGUGAUUAUAACCGGAGCUAGUUCUGGAAUUGGGGCAGCUACAGCCAUCCUUUUUUCUCAAGAAGGUGCGAACGUAGUUCUUGUGGGAAGGAACGAGAUCAAGCUAGCUAGUGUAGCUAGGAAAUGCGAGAACCCGCUUAUUAUUAAAGCAGAUGUAACUGACAUGGAUGACGCGAAGAGAAUGAUCGCGGAAACAAUCGACACUCACGGGAAAAUAGACGUACUUGUAAACAAUGCGGGCAUUGUGAGAUACGAGAGCAUAUUAGACGAGAACGUUCUAGAAACAUUCGAUGCUUUAAUCGAUACUAACUUACGAGCCCUGUUUAACAUCACACGUUUAGCUGUACCGUACCUUAUUGAAACUAAAGGGAAUAUUGUAAACAUAUCAAGUAUUGCCGGAAAAAUUGUUCCUGAUUCAAGAUUGGUUGCUUACGGCAUUUCAAAAGCUGGAGUCGAUAACUUUACUAAGGGACUCGCUUUGGAACUUUCGAAAUAUGGCGUGAGGGUCAACGCUAUAAGUCCUGGGCCGGUGAAAACUGAUAUUUUGGAAAAUGCUGGUGAUGAAACUCCUUGGGAAUGUUUUAGUGCAGCUAUGCCUUUGGGUAAGGUGGGUGAACCUGAUGAUAUAGGGCAUCUGGUGCUGUUCUUGGCGAGUGAUAAGGCUUGCAGUAUUACUGGUGUUGAUUAUGUUUGUGAUAAUGGGGUUAUGUUGAAGUAA